UCUCGGACCAAUUUCUCUCUUUUCAUUCUCCGUCUGGAUAGUUGUUGUGCUCUUGCGCUUGUCAGCAAGAGUGUGUUAGGAUCGGAGCAGAAAAUUUAACUUUUCAAAAACUAAGGAUGUGCUUCUUUACUUUCGCCACAGUUUGCGUGGUGCUCUUUGGGCUGGGCUUCUUAUUCAAGAAUCAAAUAUUUGUUUACAAAGAGAAGAAAUUUGCCGACUUCAUCAACCGGUUCAUGGCCUUGUACAACACAGCGGCAAAAGUCCACAAGGAACGCUUGUUUGCCGAGCUGAGGAAAAUCAAAUCGAAAGAUCCGCAACUGCAGAAGGAGGGAAAACUCAGAAUUUUGGAAGUUGGGUGUGGGUCUGGUGCAAAUUUAGAGCACCUUCCCAAGGGCAGCCACCUGAUAAUGCUGGACCCGAAUGAAUCAUUCCGCCCACUGUUGGAACGAAACCUGCAGAAGCACCCCAGCUUAAAGUUGGAGCGCUUUGUCUUGGGCAAAGUGGAGGAGAUGAGCAGCGUGCGUGACGAGAGCGUGGACGCGGUCGUGUGCACCCUGGUGCUGUGCUCGGUGGACGACGUGGCCGCCGCCCUGGCCGAGGUGCGGCGCGUGCUGGUGCCCGGCGGCAAGUUCAUUUUUCUCGAACACGUAGCUGCUGAGCGGGGAAGCGUGCUACGUGCGCUGCAGUGGUUUUUGAGCGCGUCUCGACUUUGGCCGUCUGUCUUUUGCGGUUGCAUCCUCAACAAGGAACUGGACAAACUCGUGAAGAACGCUGGUUUCACAACAUUAGAUCUGCAACCUGUCGAUAUUUUUCACCACAAAAUGGUCUGCAUCUUCUACUUUCAACGCAACAAAAAGGCACCAGGCCCCCCACCACAUAAUUGCUGGUGUGUCUGCCGCGAUCGGCUUUGCUCGCAUGAGCUCGAAAGAGCCGCUGCCGUCUGCUGCCAUCAGCCGCCGUCUGCAGACAGCAGCAGAUGUGGAAGGCCUUAACUGUUGUGUCCAUCAACAACUUUUGCGCUCAAGAAGAGUGUCUGCGCUUUUAAUCUGCGCUCGGCAGACAACUUCUGAAGGUCCUCGGGGCUGAGAAGGCCAAGUUCACCAUCAGGACUCUAAGAGAAUUCAGGUGUGUACUAUGUGUAUCAACAAAUCUAAAGGACAAAUGUCCAAAGUCAAGAUGUGCCGGCAAUCUAAUGAAGGUGGAAAUUGUGAACCCAAAUGGAUUCAUCACUUCGUGUUUUUCUUCGGCAGACAGUGAUCAGACGUUUCCUCUGAAGCUGCGAAUCAACAACUGUAACUUCUUGCGAUCGGUAGUUGUUGUCACAUCGGUCGAGGAAGAUGUGAAUCUAGCCUGGAUCGUGUCGAAGUACACGAAUGCAGAUGUCUGGAACCAGAUGGACAGCCCUGAAGGGCAUUUAGAGGCUCUUUCCAAUGUGAGUGCAAAAGUCUCAACCGUCCUAUACAAAAGGAUUCUGUAGAACGUGUGUCGUGUAUAUGAGUAUGUCUUUGAAAAAUUGUAUUGCGGUGAUAUGUUUUGUGAUAAAUUGUUCUUUAGUAAUAGCUUCAUAAUAUGAUGUUUUAAGCAAAUUUUUUUAUUAUAUUGUCAAUGUUUUGCUAUGUUAAUUGAAUUUUUAAAAUGAAAAGCAGCUUGUUACAUUUUAAAGUAUAGCCAGUUUACUUGAAUUUAAAUUGAUAAUUAGCUCAAGUCUUUAACUCAAAAUACAAUUCCAUUUCAUUUUGCCCAUCAUAAUAAUUAUGGUUUUGUACUAUUUAUAACUUAUAUGUAUCUGGUAAACAGUCGAGCUUCUCUGAAUAAUUAUCUCUUGUUUGUCAUUUUGAAAUAUCCAAUGCAUAUUGUUUUGCUUUUGAAUCAA